UGUGAAGCGUGCGCAUGCGUCGUGCGGCCCUCGCGCCUGGCAGUGAGCGGAGUCAUGAUGGCGGCGGACAGGCCGUGCUGAUGAGACAGCGAAAUAACCGUCAUCUAGAGGAGCGCCUAUCCGGGCAUCUGCGUGCCGCCCGACACUAGGAUCAUACGGUAACGGAGCAGCCUUCGCUGCUACACAGGCGGGGAGACCGAGAUCGGAAGCCUAGCCUCCAGGAGACGCCACCUCGCGGCUGCAGAGCUCUGCCAGGCCGGAACCUACAGGAGACAGCGGGACCGGGAGGGUCACACAGCGCAGCCGCCAUGCAGAUUACUAUGAAAACGCUGCAGCAGCUUACCUUCAAGAUAGAGAUCAGCAGCGAGGAGACGGUCAAAGCUUUGAAAGAGAAAAUUGAACAAGAGAAGGGGAAGGAUGCUUUUCCAGUUGCUGGACAAAAAUUAAUUUAUGCAGGAAAAAUCCUAAAUGACGACACAGCGCUAAAAGAAUACAAAAUUGAUGAAAAAAACUUUGUAGUGGUUAUGGUAACAAAGCCAAAGGCUGCAACUUGUUCUUCUGCACCAGCUCCAGUACCAUCCCAGCCUGCCAGCACUGCUACUACAGCUCCUGCAUCACCACCCUUGACAUACACGCCUAUUGCUCGAACCAAUGCCCCCGUAUCCCUCCCUCAACCCCUUCCCAGUAUCACCGUACCUAGUCCGCUCACUACAGAGACGACCACCACCUCUGUUCCUAAGGAGGAGAAAGCCGAAGAGAAAACGGAAAGCCCUGAGGAAGCAGUGAGCCCUUCUUCAACUGAGUGCAGCAUACCCAGUGAUUCUUCUCGACCUUCCCUUUUUGAGGAUGCCACAAGCGCCCUGGUAACAGGGCAGUCCUAUGAGAAUAUGGUAACAGAGAUCAUGUCCAUGGGCUAUGAACGAGAGCAAGUUACUGCAGCCCUGAGGGCUAGCUUCAACAACCCUGAUAGAGCUGUCGAGUACCUCCUUAUGGGAAUUCCAAGUGACCGAGAAGGGCAAGCAGUUGCUGAUCCACCACAGGUUGUCAGUAGUGUUCCCACCCAGCCUCUCCCAGCGGUAGCGAUAGCUGGAGCAGGGGCCGGCGCAAUUUCUACUACACCUUCUACGCCUUCUGCUGGAGGCAAUCCCCUUGAUUUCUUGCAGAACCAGCCUCAGUUUCAGCAGAUGAGGCAAAUUAUUCAACAGAAUCCCUCUUUAUUACCGGCGCUUCUUCAGCAGAUAGGACGGGAAAAUCCCUCAUUACUGCAGCAAAUUAGUCAACAUCAGGAACAGUUCAUUCAGAUGUUAAAUGAUCCAGUCCCAGAAUCGGGCGGACAGGGGGGCGGAAGAGGAGGAGGAGGAGGAGUAGCAGCUGAGGCUGGAAGUGGUCAUAUGAACUACAUUCAAGUUACACCUCAGGAAAAAGAAGCUAUAGAAAGGCUAAAAGCACUAGGAUUCCCUGAAGGACUUGUGGUACAGGCUUAUUUUGCAUGUGAGAAGAACGAAAAUCUUGCGGCCAACUUUCUCCUACAACAGAAUUUUGAUGACGAUUGAAAAGAAGAGACUGUAUUUUUUAUCUCACUUCACACCAGUGCAUUACACUAACUUUGCUCACUGGAUUUACUGGGAUGAAUUUGGGCUCAUAUCCACAAUAUUUGGUGUAUGGUAGUCAAGGGUGGGGUGGGUUAGGGAAAUAUCAGACAAGCUAGGACAUAAAGCAUCAAUCUGCUAUAAUUGAGCAGUUACAGCGUUCAGCGUGUGUUGCGGUAAAGCUAAAAGAAAGCAAAUUACCAAAAAUCCAGCUUCAGCAGGCAUUUAUUCCCUUCUGCAGACUUCUCUAGAUACUAUUUCUUCUUCACUAGUAAACUUAGAUCCAGAAAUUUAGUGUAAUGCCCUGUGUUUCAUUCUCCGUCUAACAAACAUUGCUAUAGCAAAUAGCCUGUGCUACCUGGAGAUUAUUAUUUUUUUCCUUAUUUCCCGGUAACACUGGAUUAUAACCUUGAGGAAAUAUGUGAGAUGUAAAUGCCAAAAUAAAAAUAGGUGAUUUGCUGCUUCAACGAGUAAUUAAAAGUAAAUUAGUGCACAGGAGCCUGGUAAAUGCUGUGAACAUAAAUUUUUGAAGCUCUUUUUCUUUCCAUUAAAUCACAUUUAGUGAUAUUUAAGGAGACCCUGAUCAAUAAGUGUGAAGUGGGCACUUUCUGUUCUGAUUUAGAAAACCGUAUGCACACAGGAGGUUUAUUUUUCUGUUUCCUUGCCGUUUAGGGAAAUUAAACGGAUAGCUUUCUAAUUGCUCAUUUACUUCAAUUUUACAUUGCAGUAAAGGUUUUAAAACAAUUGUUGCAUGUUUUUUGGUUUUGAUGAAACCCACUUGGUGUGUUAAGUAACAUUUUCUCCCCCCAGUAAUUACUUGUUUUCCAUGUCGGCUGAGAAUGUGCAGCAACCCCCCCCCCCCUUUCCCCCCCUCCUCUACCAGUCUGGCAAAUUUUAACACCCCUUAAACCUCUGUAAACCAGUCAGCAAUCAUUACAAGCUGCAUCUUGACAGGCAAAUUGCAAGAUUUUUUUUUUCUUUUUUUGCACUCUAAACUUUGAUUUAUCCCCCCAAUAACAUAAUAUUCAAUUAAUAUUCAACAAUUGAGUCUCUAUGCUUGGAAGAAGCUGGCAUGACAGGGCUUGAGAAGUCAACACAUCCUCUGUUAUUUUCAGAGAAGGCAUGACAUAUAAGUGAAUUGUAAGAAUAUCUGUGUAUGUACUGCUUAUACAUUGGAUAAAUGGACAGAUGAACAAUCAGCGGAAACAAACGUAUAACCCAAAGUUAUGCACAAAACAUUAAAAACUCCUUGUAUAGUG